CCACGACCGCAGACUUGUAACCAAGUCUACUUCCACAUCGUUUCUGCAGUUUACAGCCGAGUACAAACAGCCAUAUAGAACUAACCCACCCAUCACCAAAUGAGUUGUUAACCUGCGAAUACACUGAAUACAAGUAGUAUUAUACGCUCGUAAAGUACAUGUCAAUCGUUUACAAGUAAACAGCAACGUCAGUGAUACACGCAAGUAUACAGGUCACCUGGGUGUGUUACACCUUUAUUUUGACAACUUCGCAGGAGCAGCACUGCUCUCACUUUUCCUGUGUGUACCGGUAUGCGUGUCCUCUCAAGUGCCGUCGUAUAAAAACUGUAUUGAAUGGUUUUCGGACGAGCAAUGGAUGAACAAACACUGGAUAUUAUGCACGACGUGAAUUGACAUCAUAUACAUCACUUCUUGAUGAACAAUAGCGAGGACUUCGCCAUUUUAUCUAAUGAUUGAAUUGACCCUUUAUCUCUUUUCCACGAUGAGAGAGACACCCUUGUGUUCCGACACCCUUGUGCCCUGACACACCAUGGACACACCCUUACCCCCAUCGAGCGUGUAAAUCACUGGGACUUCGGAACACGGGUUGUUGAACAUAGGGGUGACCCGUUUAAAUAUAGCAGUCGCCAACAGCAGUAGCCUACAACAUCUGCCAAGAGGGACGGAAAUAAAUGCGGAGACCAUUAACGAUCACAAUGGUGCCAGCCUACAUCGUAGGUGUUGUGUAUUGCAUGGUGGCGUUUGUAUUGGCACAGGAACGUGAAGAUUUCAUUAACAUACGGCUACUCGGUGGCCCGGCAAGUGCACCAAAUUCCGGCAACGUGGAAGUACAGCAGCCGAAUGGCACUUGGUUGGAUGUGUGUGAUAACAAUUUCUGGGGAGCAAACGACGCGAUGGUAGCUUGCAGACAGCUUGGUUUCCCCGGUCUCGCAAGAGCUCGGAGAGGCUCCUACUUCGGUGAAGCAGUUAAUAAUGGAUCACUUGGAGAGAUUGGUUGCCGUGGGAAUGAACCCAAUCUCGGACAAUGUGAUAACGCGCCCGUUGAACAACCAUCUAGGUGUGUCGGUAUGAUUGGUGUGGCUGGACUCAUUUGCACUGUUCCUGGUUUUAUAGGAUGCUACAAUAAUCCUUCAAACACUCCAGUAUUUAAUUAUGACAACGCCCUAACAGCCAUGAACAUGACCGUUGGGUUAUGCUUAGACCACUGCCAGCAACAACAAAUGAGGUUUGCUGGGCUAACACGUGGAAAUCAAUGUUAUUGUGGGACCGAUGAAAUCAACAUCAAUCAAAGAAGUCAAAAACGUGACAAAGACUGUAAUGUGGAGUGCUCUGGAAACAAUGAUGAGGUGUGUGGAGGCAGGGCAACACUAUCUGUCUAUAACUUGACGCUUGGCCUAUGUGAGGAUCUAUUGAGUCCGAUAAAUGGAGGGCGUUCACCUGGUGUUGGGCCGUUUCGUUAUGCAUCUAACAUUAGCUUUUACUGUAAUGAGGGAUUUGAGCUUUUUGGAGAAGAUUUGCUGAGAUGUGUUCUUGGAGAUACCCUACAGACAACACAGUGGGAUAAUCCAACGCCAUACUGUCAAUCGAUGGUGUCCUUAACCACACAAGACCCCAGAGAGGAUUAUGGAAAUAACAGCGCCUCAAUAUCAGGGACAAUAGCUGGAAUAGUCGUUGCAUGCUUGGUGGUGGUUUCUUUCCUCGGACUUAUGGUAAUAGUUGUGAGACGUAAACGGAGAAGAGCAGGAAAUAGUGCCAGCUCCAGGUUGCCUGAGAUACAACACACAACGUACUCUGAACCGAUUAAUCCCCGAUACCAAGCCACACCUUCUAGACAGAGUGCCACACCUUCUAGACAGGGUGCCACUCCUUCUAGACAGGGUGCCACUGAAUACCAAGACCUUGACCCGUUCACAACUCUUGAUGCUCAUGAGAAACCCUACACAACCCUACAGACAAAAGACCCAUCACCAAGUGAUGUACCGGAGUAUCUGGAACUCUAUGACGAACCCUCACCGAGAGAUAAUACAGACAAUGCUGCAGAUGAAGAGGCUGAGUACUCUACACUUGAUGAAUAUAAUCACAAACCUUCUACUGUCAAGAACAAUAACCAACAGCUCACUCGAGCUGGACGCUCAAGUGAAGACAAUGAGUACUCAUAUGUAGCACCGCCACAGUUCAUAGGGGAUUGCAACACAAAUAACGCUGGUAACCAAUACAUGAAAGAUGCUUGUAAACAAGACACCACGGAACCAGCUAAAGAUAAUUCAGAAAUGGAGAAUGUAUAUUACAGUUUACCUCCUGAUGCACAUCUUUAUUUUGACGACGUCGUUGUGUUUCAAAUAAUUAUAGAAAUGGCCAAAGCGAGCUCUCAUACAGGCAUGCUGCUCAUAUUUUUGUGCAUUGUGCUACAUGGAGUUGUAUCUGUAAGAUCAGAAAUAACCGAUGUUCGUCUCAUCGGUGGACCAAUCAGCAGUCCUAACUCAGGCCGUGUUGAAGUCCAAAUAGACGGUGAAGCCUGGCUUGCUGUAUGUGGUGAUGGAGACUGGAAUAGUGAAGAUGGUAUUAUAGCUUGCCGUCAGCUGGGAUACACGGGCUAUUCACAAACCAGGAUAUACUCUUUUGGCGAAGAAACAGCUGGUCCAGGAUCAGUCAACCGAUUCAGAUGCAGAAAGGAAAACAACAAUCUUGCAGAGUGUGAUUAUGAAGUAUCGCCUACUGGGUGUGGUGUAAGAAAUGGAGCAGGUCUUAUUUGUACAAAACCAGAUUUCCAUGGAUGCUACAGUAACAAGAAAAACAGCAUAUUCCGUGAGGUUGCCUUCACUGACGACAAAAUGACCAUUACAUUAUGUCUCAAUUAUUGUCGAAGUAUUGAGGGCAUGGUAAAUGCUGGUCUAGGCAAAGGAAAACAGUGCUUUUGUGGUGAUGGGACAAUUUCUUUAAGAUCCCAGAAGAAAGACAGUGAUUGCAAGGUGCCUUGUAAAGGAGAUUCAGACGAGGUGUGUGGAGACAAAUCCAAUGUGUCAGUAUACGAUGUUCACCUUGGGUUUUGCCCGGAUCCAGGGGUAUCAACUAACAGUCACAGAACAACGACAGAAACAUCAUAUCGUUAUGGAGUUUUGGUGCAGUUCGCUUGUGGUGAAGGUUUUGAGUUGGUUGGUGCACACUCUAUACAAUGUCUAUUUGAUAACACAGCAAAUCAAGCAAUAUGGACAGAGUCACCGCCAAACUGCACAGAGGUAGUACCCACUGGAGACGUUGAAGUGAAUGUUCCGACCAGGACGACGGUGCAGGGAAUAACACCGACCAAAGCUGCCACUUCACAGGAUCCGACAACAGUUAUGAUGAAGUUGGACACCAUUGGGACCACAUUAACACUAGGAAUUACAGAACAAGAAGAGAUAGUGUAUGACACUACAAUGUUAACACUUACAACUGUGAAAACGGGAACAAAGGACAGCAAGUAUGGGACUACAAUGUUAACACUCACAACAAAGAUAAGCGAAAAUGAACAGCAAUUUACCCCGAAACUGGUUGGACAAGGUGAUUUGACCACAGGAGCAACAGUGGGUUUAGCCGUUGGAAUUCCUUUACUCUUGGCUUGUCUUGGCCUACUUGUAUUCGUUCUAAUGAAAAGAAGCUGUGCAUCUGGAAAGCGCAACCCAAGAAGGCGAAAAGAUACAACCAUACAUUUCCAGCAAAAUUCAGCCAUCUAUGAAAACCCUCUAAGUCCGAUUGAGCCUCAUUUAUAUCAACUGGUAAAGGAACAGAGCAAACCUGAAUAUAAAAACAUCAACAUAGCAGUUGAAUCAUUGAAUUUCAACUGCACACAAGACGUACUCCUUAAUUCACCAAACCAAACAGAUAUUAAAACACUUUCAGAUCCGUAUUACCUCGAGCUUGAUGUCAAACCUGAAUCACAACACAAGAUCGCUACACAAUCUCUAGCGGUAUCGCAUGAAGAGACGAACGUAGAUGAAGAUGGUUAUUUGGCACUACUUCAUGAAUCUAUUGAAAAGACUACUCCCUUGAAUGACACGGUAACCAGUAAUCACAAUCAAGGAGGUAGGCUUCAAGCUGAGUGUCUCCAAGCACCAGUGAUGGUUCACCAUAAUGAUGAAACAGACUACUCUACGGUGGACGAUAAUUCCUACCAAGACUUAAAUGAACCUUCUAGUGGAUAUACAACACUUAACAUCACACAGCAUAAGUCAAUGGACAAUCUAGACACCGAGUAUUUCGUCAUAGAAGAGUCAGUUAAUAAUAAAAAAGGCAAUGUACAUGGUGGGAGGGCUGAAGCUAGUGGGACUAACAAACCUGGACAAAUACAGGAAAACGUCACUGAUGUUGGUGACGGGGAAUAUUUAAAUUCAGUCGACCCUUCUCAUUACAUGGAAGUUAUCUAGGCCUAUAGUACUAAGCCUCGGGGACUAGUGAAAUUUACUACUUCGUAGUUGCGACUAAAUUGAUAACUCUAACGAUGCAUUGUGGAAUAGUGUUUGCCGCAAGCGCAAUAUAGUACAACAUACGCUGAAAGGAUUGAACAAUUGUGUCACUAAUGUCCGAUUGUGUUAAGAUUAGGGAGGUUUAGCUGCACGUUACGCGAGCAACGUAAACGUGAACGUCAGUUGUGUUGUUAAAAUCUCACGUCUUUUACGUGAACAUCCUAUUUUUCAAGUCAGGUACGUACGUGCACACGUCAUACGAGAGUACAGAAAUGCCAAGCUUGCUGUCAGUGAUUUUUUUUUAUAAAUAACAAGUUUUGAUAAGUUUUGCUGUCAACUGUUUUAGUAGUCCAGCCAAAGUGUAAAAUUACACUUUGGACGGCAUUGUUUGUUAAUGGCUGGUAUCCAUACUAUAUCUAUGGAUCAUGGGCCCAGGAAGACGAUUAUAAGAUAGAAACAAAGGUCUAAAAUAUUUUCAAAAUUGUAUAAAAUUUACCACAUUUUGAUAAAUCUACUUUAUUUACUUUAUGUUGAUACUACAAACCUAUGUAAUUAACGAAUAAACUUUGACCUUGUAAAAUUUAUG